CGACAUUGAACAGCUCUCUUGCAAACUGUAACGAUGCUAAUCAGGAACUGAUAGAUAUCGCAAGGAGCCUGCCAUAGCAUUCCAUUUUGGACAGUGCUGUAAUUACAGGAUAACUUUUACUGUCCACCAGCGCUAUGCUGGGAGCAUGUUCAACACCAUCACCCCCAACGAAAAUGCAUAUAGCAAACAUCCAAUACAAGCAUUGGACAAACACACAUCAACAUGACCUCACAACCCCUUAUCCACAUCUCGUGAUGUGACAUCCCCCAAAAAUUCGGUCGAUUGUUAAUACCCACUUGCUGAAACAAACAUGUCGUCAUUGGCAGCUAAACAAAAGGCAUAAAAAGCAAGAGUUUAUUUUCCUUCCCGCUCUUUGUUAGUACAAACCAAUUAUACAAUUUUCCAGAUAUGAGCACUGAGCACCUUGCACCUCGCGCAGCGGAUGUGACUGCCCGCUUGACGGAUCCUCGAACCUACACAGGUACGCAUAAACAAAGAUUUGACGAGGAAGGCCAUGGACGUGGAAUGGCGGGCCGGAAGGAUCUUGUCGAGUACGAUGGAAACACUACCUCUGCGCAUCGUGGUCACGUACCUUUUGGAAGUGAUCAAGAUUUGAGGGAGAGGGUUGAUAGGGAAAAGCCCAUUGUUCGAUCCAAAUCUCGUGAAUCGGAUAUUGGAGUUACCGCAAAGAAAAUCAAGAUUUUUGAAUAUGCUGAGCGAUACUCCCACGGUGAGGAUAUCGUUCUCAACAAGUCAUAUCCUUCCAUAGACAAGCUCCGCGAACACGCCGCAACGCUCAUUCCUCCAGGCAUACCCAAAGUCAUUGUCGACCAGAACCUGCGAGAAAUAACCACGUUGGAUGAUAUGGAAAAUGGAGGAAAAUAUUUGGCGUUGACGCCUCAUGAUCGUGCUCAUUUCUCAGAGGAACGGGUACCUACCGCGUUUCGCAAAUAGUGGCAGUUUUAGCAAAUGUGGUUUUUUGAAAAUGUGUCCUUGUAUAAAAAGCAGAAUAGACCGUUUUGUCUAAGA